GAUGAACCACAAUCCCCUUCUUUGAAGCACAGAAUUUCAAAAGGAGUGAAACAAACACUGUAACGUAGUUAAAGAUGCUUCUGUGCUCACCUUCUUCCAUUUCUGCUCACAAUCUUAGCAGAAACAGAACCAGACCUUCGCCUAUCAAUUCUAUGGCAGUUGACAGAAGCAGCUCCCGCGUUGCCACAACUGCUUCGCAGCGGAGAAACGGCACGUCAGCUCUCGAAGCUCGCAUCUCCCUCGUCAUCGCUCUCGCCUCCCAAACCUCUUCUCUCUCUCAGAAACUUCUGACGGAAUUGGCUGGUGAAACCGCGAAAUACGUGUUACCGAAGAGGAUAUUCGAAAGUCGGACUUUAGAGGAAGCUUUGAUGUCUGUGCCGGAUCUGGAGACAGUGAAAUUCAAUGUUUUGAAACGCAGUGAUCAGUAUGAAAUAAGGGAAGUUGAGCCUUACUUUGUUGCUGAGGCUACAAUGCCUGGGAAGUAUGGGUUUGACUUUAAUGGUGCAUCUCAAUCCUUCAACACAUUGGCUGAGUACUUGUUUGGUAAGAACACGAAGAAGGAGAGCAUGGCGAUGACAACACCAGUUAUCACUCGUAGAACUCAAUCUGAUGGGGAGAGGAUGGAAAUGACUACUCCAGUGAUAACUAAACGGGUGGAAGAUCAAGGAAAGUGGAGGAUGUCCUUUGUCAUGCCCUCAAAGUAUGGUUCAGACUUGCCACUACCAAAGGAUUCCUCCGUAACUAUCAAGGAGGUGCCUAGGAAAACUGUCGCCGUUGUUGCUUUUUCAGGUUUUGUGACUGAUGAAGAAGUUAAAGCCCGAGAAUCAAGACUCCGUGCUGCGCUAAAGGGAGAUGCAGAGUUUCGGGUAAAAGAUGGUGCCUCAAUAGAAGUUGCACAGUAUAAUCCACCAUUUACUCUUCCGUUCACACGUCGGAAUGAGAUUAGCCUGGAAGUUGAAAGGGAACAGGAAUAGCUAGUCAGUGUGCAGUAUAUUGCAGAUAAAUCCGUGCACUGAUGAAACCAGAGAAACAAAACAUAUAUGGUGUAAAUAAAUUAUAUAUAUAUAUGUAUAUAUAUUUGGUGAUUGCUUGACAUUUUGGUAACAAGGUUAUGUACAUGCACAGAAAUGUAAGGUCAUUUAUGCUUCAACUCUAUAAUAA